GUUUCUUUCUUAGAUUUGAAUGUUUGAUCCAUCUGGAUUUUAUUUUGGUGUUAAGCGUGAGGGAGGGAGCCAACUUCUAUUUUUCCAAAUGGCCGGCCAGUCGUCCUAACACCGUUCGAUUGAAAACGACUGAAAAGCCUUUCCCGGGGUUUGAAGAGACCACUCUACCAGCACGCUUCAAGCUAGCGUGUUUGCCGGGGACCAAGGACCCCUCGUCGCCAGGUUUCCGCGGUCCAUCUGUCCCGCCGGAUCCAAUCGGAAGAGGCGAAGGGAAAGGGGUGGAGUGGAUAUUCCGCUCCUGAGAACUAUUCCACUCCCACCAGCCACCGACCGACUACUAACCCCCUUUCCCCACCCUUGCGCUCAGGACAACCCCAGGCACCACUACCGCGACUUCACCUCCACCCUCCGAGGACAAAGCCCCUGACUCCCUCUCAGCUCCCACCCCUAACCCUAGUCUUUCCUCCCGGGUGGUCCCACGAAGGGGAGGGGACUUUCUACGAGGGUAAUUUAAAUAAAAGGUGUGCGCUCCGGUUCUAUUUGCAUAGAGGCGGGGCCUCUAAAGCCGACCUCCACCUCGCUCCGAAAGACCCAGGAGGAGAGAACCACCCGGAGACUUAAUUUGCAAGGGGCGGGGCCUGCCUCUUUAAGUAGAGCUGGGCGCCACUUCCCCUUCCAGUCGGCUUCCGCCCGCUGUCGCUUCCGGCUUCUGUCAGCCUUCCGCCCUCUUUCUUCUGGCUUCUGUCCAGGCUUCCGCUGCUUUCGCUGGCCGCCGCGGGUGGCCGGGGCCCUAAUGCUACCGAAACGACGGCGAGCGCGGGUCGCGUCCCCCAGAGCCGCCCCCUCUUCCGCGGCGCGCUUCCCGGGGGUCACUAUCUACCUGGCCGAGCCACACAUGGGCCGCAGUCGCCAGGCUUUUCUCACACGCCUGGCUGUCUCCAAGGGUUUCCGCGUCCUGAGUACCUACAGCCCAGAGGUGACACACGUGGUGAUGGAGGGGACCUCAGCAGAGGAGGCUGUCUGCUGGCAGAAGCGCAAGACAUCGGCUCUUCCUCCGGGUUGUACCCGCCCAGUGCUUUUAGACAUAAGUUGGUUCACAGAGAGCAUGGCCGCUGGGCAGCCUGUCCCUGUGGAGUGCCGGCACCGCCUGGAGGUGGCUGUGCCCAAAAAGAAGAUGCCAAGCCCAGCAUGGAUGCUGCCCUAUGCCUGCCAGCGUCCCACACCCCUCGUGCACCAUAAUGCCAGCCUCUCGGAGGCUCUGGAGACACUGGCAGAGGCCGCUGGCUUCGAUGGCAGUGAAGGCCGCCAGAUCUCCUUCUACAGAGCGGCUUCGGUGCUCAAGGCUCUCCCCAGCCCGGUCACAGCCCUGAGCCAGCUGCAGGGCCUGCCCCACUUCGGAGAACACUCCUGCAGGGUUGUCCAGGAGCUGCUAGAACACGGAGUAUGUGAUGAGGUGGAGAGAAUCCGGCUCUCGGAGAGGUACCAGACCAUGAAGCUCUUCACUCAGAUCUUUGGGGUCGGGGUAAGGACUGCUGACCAGUGGUACCAAAAAGGGCUCCGGACACUGGAUGACCUCCAAGAGGAGUCCCACAGACUAACCCAGCAGCAGAAAGCAGGACUCCAGCACCACCAGGACCUGAGUGCCCUGAUCCUGCGGUCAGAGGUUGAGGCCCUGCAGCAAGUGGUGGAGGCAGCCGUGACGCAGGCCCUUCCUGGGGCCACUGUUACGCUGGCCGGAGGCUUCCGGAGGGGGAAGUUGCAGGGCCACGACGUGGACUUCCUCAUCACCCACCCCCAGGAGGGCCAGGAGGCAGGGCUGCUGCCCAGAGUGAUGUGCUACCUGAAGGAGCAGGGCCUUGUCCUGUACCACCAGCACCAGCACAGCCAGCAGGGAGACCUGACCAAGCAGAGCCACACCAUGGAUGCCUUUGAGAGGAGUUUCUGCAUUUUCCGCCUGCCGCAACCCCCAGGGGCUGCUGUAGGUGGCACCCAGAAGCCCUGCUUCGCCUGGAAGGCUGUGCGGGUGGACCUGGUGGUUGCCCCUAUCAGCCAGUUCCCCUUUGCCCUGCUUGGCUGGACUGGCUCCAAGGUAGGGAGUGUGCUGCAGGGGCUGGCCCUCGGAUCUGGGGCUGGUGGCUCUGCUGAGACGUGGUCACUUUUUCCCCAGCAUUUUGAGCGGGAGCUACGCCGCUUCAGCAGGAAAGAGAAGGGCCUCUGUCUGAACAGCCAUGGUCUAUUUGAUCCGGAGCAGACGGUUUUCCACGUGGCCUCAGAGGAAGACAUCUUCAGACUCCUGGACCUUGAGUACCUUCCCCCAGAGCAGAGAAAUGCCUGAUCCUAUCAACCCCUCCUCUACUCUGGAAAUGGAGGGGGUCAUUUGAGCCAGACUCUAUUGGUGUUUUUGGCCCCUGACUAUUUCCAGGCAGAAGAUGUGCUGCUGCCCCAAGUCCUUACCCCUUCCAUGUGAGAGCCCUAUCUGUGAACCACCACUCCCCCACCUAUACCCAGUUCAAGAUGUAAUGAAAUUAGCAUGUGGAAUAAAUGAAGCUGUAUUUUCUAAA